AUGCAGCAUGCACUGAGUGAGAUGUGCGGAUUUCCAAUUGGAUCCGUGGAUACAUUUGUAGAGAAGCUGGUGAUGCAUCAUGGUGUUAAAGUGGCAAUUUGCAACCAAGUUGAGAGUGCAUGGAAUGCAAAAAAAAGAGGAGCGAACUCUCUUGUAGACCGACAAGUUGUGCGAAUUGUCACGCCUGGGGCAUUGGUGGAGGAUGCAAUGCUCAUACCAAAGGAGAACAAUUAUUUGGCAUCUCUAUAUUUUGAUGAAGGUACAUGGGGCCUUGCAUGGGCCGACUUGUCUACGGGUGAGUUUGUGUCCACCACGUCUACAAGCGACAAGCUUUCCAGCGCAAUUUUGCGGUGCUCACCAAAAGAAAUUUUGCUGCCAAGUUUGAUGAUUGCAAAUGAGGAUGAGAAGGCUACUUUGUUACAGGUCAACAUGCCUCAGGAGGCCGUUGCGGUACUGCAGGCAGUGCUCCCUGACACAUGCAUGAAAACAUUUCGACCUACUGCAAGCUUUGUACCGCAAACAGUGGGUAACGGAUGCCAUCGCCGUCGCGUUGCCAUCAAAACACUCGACUCACCGGAGCAAGCAGCAGUCUCAGCGAUAUUGGACUACGUGGACUUUACCCAUCGUGAUUCAAGCGCAUUAAUCCAAGCACCUCUUCAUGUCGAAUCUUCUGAUCAUAUGAUUAUUGACUUGAGCGCGUGGAGAGGGCUUGAGCUUGCAAAGUCGCUUAGUGGAUCAAAAACAUCAAGUCUGCUUCAAGCUAUUGACUCAACUACAUCGGCUGGCGGCUCGCGGCUUCUUGCGGCUCAUUUAGCAUCGCCGCUGAUGAACCUCGAGAUUCUCGAACAACGACUGGAUGCAGUAUCUUAUUUUUAUGACCAGGAACGAUUGCUUCAGCAAACGCGGAAACAACUAGCGGAAGUCUUUGACAUGGAGCGAAACCUCCAGCGGCUGUCAAUUGGCAUCGGCACCCCAAAAGAUUUGAAGAAUGUGGCGUCUACGAUCGACGAAGCCAUACAGUUGGUUAAUCUUAUAAAAGCUAACGAGCGCCUCAGAUAUAGACGUCUCCCAGAUCUACCUGGAAAAGAUAUUUUGGGCUUGCCAGCAUUACUGAAUGAAUGCUGCAAUGGCCUUAUUGCAAGUGAAGAGCAACACGAAAGAAUCAAAAAGGCUUCAGAAGAAAUCCAUGGAGCACUCAAAGACGACUACGCAUCGCUCAACUCUAAAACUGGGUUUGUUCGAGCUGGAUACUCCUCAGAGCUGGACAAGUGGCAAACGAUUCUGCGGCAUGAUCCAAAAUCCCCUGAGAAACAGGAGCUGCAGGCCAAAUACCGCAAACUAAUAGGAUCUGCGCGCCUGCGUGUUAUUUUUCAGACAGAAAAAGGUUACUUUCUCGAUAUACCGCAUGAUGAAAAUGCUAAAUUGCUGAAAACGGAUCGUGGACGACAAGAGCUCGAGAAACUAACGUUAUUCCAGUCUUUGAAAAACUCAGUGCGGUAUCGCAGUGAAGAGUUGCGACAGUUAAAUCGUGAACUUACAGAAGCCGCGGUGGAGGUAGAGCGUGUGGAAAACAAUAUCUUUACGUCUCUGCGUGACCAGAUUUUGGCCGUGCGCAAUGACUUGCAAUCUAUGGCUCAUGCCAUCUCCCAGAUUGAUGUUUUUUGUUCUCAUGCUCAAGUAGCUCUCGACCGGAACUUUGCUCGACCGCUACUUGAUGGUAGUUGUGAAUUGCAUGUUGAAGAUGGUCGGCAUGCUGUUGUGGAAGCUGCGCAUCUUCGAGGUUCAAACUCUCGUGGUAUGCGUACUUUUGUGCCCAACAGUCUCCACCUGGCAGCAGCCCCAGUGGGUUCUUGCUGGUUGCUUACAGGCCCUAACAUGGGCGGAAAGAGCACCUUCCUGCGGCAAAGUGCGCAUCUUGUGAUCCUGGCGCAAAUGGGUAGCUUUGUACCGGCGAAAUUUGCUCGUGUCGGCCUGGUUGACAAGCUUUUCUGUCGGGUUGGAUCAGCAGAUGAUUUGGCAGCUGACAAAAGCACAUUUAUGGUAGAAAUGCAAGAGACCGCGACAGUCCUGACGCAGGCAACCAGUCGUUCUCUAGUUGUAAUGGAUGAAGUCGGACGUGGAACUGCUGUUAACGAUGGCAUUGCGAUUGCUGGCGCUAUCCUUGAGGCCUUGUGCGCAAGACAGACCCGCACCUUGUUUGCCACACAUUUUACUGCAUUAAAUGACUUGGUCGGAGAUACAUGUAAUGGUGAGCUUCGACCAUAUCGAAUGGAGGUUCUUGAGCACAAGACUGAAGACCAAACCAAACAACUUGUGUUUUCGCACCGGGUAGUGGAAGGCCUUGCUUUCCAGUCGUAUGGAGUCAACACUGCUGCUCUUGCUGGGUGUCCGCCUUCUGUGGUUGCGCGUGCAAAUGAACUACUGGGUAAAGUUGUUCAUGGUAACAACAAAAACGUGAUUCUUGAGACCAACACUAUCCGUGAUCGAUUACACCGUGCUCUAGCAGCAAUCGAAUAUAUCAAGGAUAACGACGAUACUAGCACCAAGCUCAACGUGGACAAGAUUCUGGAUCAGCUUCGACAAAUCCUGAUGACAAAUAAUGAGAUAAGUUGA